UACUAUACUCCGGUUUCUUAUAACCGGAGCAAAACAGGACACCAACUAAACUUGUUUAAGAAUAAUUAAUCUGUGAAAUAAUAUUUAUUUAUUUUAUUCAAUUAUUUUUUUCUUUUCAAUUUGUAAUCAGAGUCCAUAAUUUGUACCUACUAAUGAAGAUAUUUAACUAAAUCAUGUUUUCGAUGUGAUGAUUUGUAUUGAUAUUAAACAUGGCUACCGUUUUCGACAGUCCUUUCAUAAGACAAAGAUUACAUCGACUCAGGCACCGUGACUACGACUUUGAUGAGGAUCAACGAUUUGGAAGAUGUGACUGCACAAGUUAUUCAUACUUUGUGCUCUCAAUGGUUCUAUUUUCUGUGGGUACUGUCAUUACAGUGCUUGCAUUAGGAGAUGCAGACGGCUAUAUUCUUAGCAAUUUAGGACACAUGUGGCUAGUGGGACCGAUAUUUAUAUGUUCUGGAAUGAUGGUUGCUGUGAAAAGUAUGCUGUACCUACGUAGAAAAAGCGUAAUACAGAUGUUACUUCACCGCCGUGCAUUGAUUGGGGAUAUGGUAGCCAUUCCAGCAGAACAAGCAUAUGGUGGGCAAGUACCAAGGACAGCUUCCAGUGCAACUUUGCCUCCCUCUUAUGAUGUCUUAAUAUCAAAUGCUGCGACCAGCAAACCUCAGCCUUCUAGUUCAGAGCCUCCACCACCUACAUAUGACGAAGCUAUGUAUCUAAUUAGUGAUGAGAAAUUGCAAUUGGAAAACAAAACUGAUGAUAGUGUCAAACAAGAAACAAGUUCACAAACACCUGAUGUUUCUGAUAAUAGUAAACCCUAAAAAGCUUUACUAUAUUACUUGUUUUUGCUAGCUAUGUAAGUAUAAUACUUAAAUUCUUCCGUUCGUACUUAUAAUUCCUACAUUAUAGUCAUUACUGAUAUUGUAUUCUUAUGAUGUGCCUAAAAUAAUUGUUAACAAUUUUUAUAUGAGGAUUUUUUGAUGAAUGAGAGUACCAUAAAAAUAGGUAUAUUGUUCUUGGAUAGAAUGAAAUAUUAUAAUUUUUCACAAUGCUAUUUAAUUAAUCUGUAAUGAAUAUGAUAUGUAAUCCUAAAUAUUUGGAUAUACUAUUGAAAUCUUAACAAUAAUAAUACACAUGAAGAAUAAAGUUAGAAGUUU